UUUAAGAAAGGCAACUUAAUUGCUAGAUGGCAGAAUCAGCAAGUGCAGAAAUUCAAGAAGAAGCAAAUGCUUUGAUAAUAAAUGUCAAUGAAAAUUCUGAAAGUGAAUGGGAAGCAAACAGUGCAAGUGGAAAUGAAAGUCAAAAGGGAAAAGUUGAUACGGAAGCCAACUUGCUAGACAGAGCGUUGGCAAAUAACAUCACACAAAUGCUAGAAAGCUUGGAGCCUCCCUUAUCACCUGAAUGUUGUAUCUACAAGGUUCCAAGUGAUCUUCGCAAAAUGAACGAAGAAGCUUACACUCCUCAGGUUAUAUCAAUAGGGCCUUUUCACCACGGUGUUGAAAGGUUCCUCGCCAUGGUUGGCAGGCUAACUUGAGACGUGAUUAUUUCAGCACUCCUUGGAGAACUGCUUCU